AUGGCAAUGCAAGCGCCGCUUGCCAACGACAAAAAGAGAGUAAAAGUCUAUGAGUUGCGCGACAAUGACUGGUUCGACCGAGGUACCGGGUUCUGCACCGGCCAGGUCGUCAAUGAUGAACCGCGUAUCUACGUGGAGUCGGAAGACCAACCUGACCACAUGUUGCUCGAAACGAAAAUAGUGAAAGAUGAUGGAUAUCAGAAACAACAAGACACUCUGAUUGUAUGGACGGAGACCAAUGGCACUGAUAUGGCACUGAGUUUCCAGGAGGCGGAAGGUUGCGCCGUCAUCUGGGAAUUCGUACACCAAGUUCAGCAGCAGUUGAUGUCGCUACCUGAUGACGGCCUUUCGGACGAUGCACUGGACAGUAUUUCCACCUCCUUCACUCUGAAUCCUCCCGAGCUUAACAACCUGGACGAGAUCGAGCAGAACAUUCGACAGGCAAGCAUUACUCAAGGCGGCCGAGAAGCACUGGCAAAGUUUCUGAUGAAGGAACACUAUGUGGAAAAACUUAUUCCUCUCGUGGAAAUGGCAGAGGACCUGGAAAGCCUUCAGGAUCUACAUCGGCUGUGCAAUAUUAUGAAGGCAUUGAUCCUCAUGAACGACAAUACAGUGAUUGAACAUCUAGUCACGGACGAUAUCAUUAUCGGUGUUGUUGGGGCACUCGAGUACGAUCCCGACUUUCCUACUCACAAAGCAAACCAUCGACAGUAUUUAUCGGACGAGUCAAGAUACAAGGAGGUGGUGGAGAUCAAAGAUCCUAACAUCAAGCGCAAGAUAAGGCAAACAUGGAGGCUACAAUACUUGAAAGAUGUUGUAUUGGCUCGCAUUCUCGACGAUCCGACCUUUGGCGUACUGAACUCCCUGAUAUUCUUUAAUCAGGUCGAUAUCGUCCAGCAUCUGCAAAAUAACACCUCUUUCUUGAAGGAGCUGUUCGCAAUUUUCAGCCCCGAAAACGCCGAUGUGAAGCGAAAGGAACAAGCCGUCCAUUUCCUACAGCAAUGCGCUGCUAUCGCCAAAACAUUGCAGAUGCAGGCUCGGGCUAACUUGCUCAACAAUUUCAUCGCGCAUGGCCUCUUUUCGGUCAUCACGUUUGCGGUCAAGCAUCCGGAAGCGUCGAUGAGAACAACAGGCAUCGACAUUCUUGUCGCUCUGCUGGAUCACGAUCCCAAUAUGAUGAGAGGUUACAUGCUAAAAGCCGUUCACGAAAAGAAAACGCCGUUGACCGACACGCUCAUCGACCUCCUUCACGCCGAGACUGACCUGGGCGUCAAAAAUCAGCUUGCUGAUGCUAUCAAAAUACUGCUAGACCCUCAACCGCCCUCCAAUGACCCCAUGGGUAACCGACAGAACUCCGAGUUCAUGACAAAAUUGUCGAGGCCGCCCCAAAUGACGGACGCGCAGCAGAAACGUGAGGAGUUUGCGCAAGAGAAUUUUGAUCGCUCUUGCAGGAAACUUUUCAAGCCACUCAAAGACCUCGAGUUUCGAGAAUCCCUGCAAAACUUCAGCUAUCAAGAGGUGUCGUUGUUCUCAUAUCUGGUAGAGAUUUUGACUUUUUUUGUCCGACAACACUCUAUCAGAAGUCGGUCUUUCAUCAUCUCCGAAAAUCCACCACCUCGAGUCGCCCAGUUGUUGCAGGUGCCUCAGAAACCUCUGAAGUUGACCGCCUUGAAAUUCUUCCGGACGUGCGUAUCACUGCAAGAUCAGUUUUACGCCGCUCAAGUCAUCAAAAGCGGAGCACUAGGUGCAAUCUUGGGGAUAGUGAUCGACACCAUGCCUAGAGACAACCUUCUAAAUUCUGCCUGUCUGGAAUUGUUCGAAUUCAUCAAAAGGGAGGCGAUCAAACCCGUCAUCCUUCACCUUGGCGAAAAUUAUCGGCAACAACUUCAAGACAUAACUUAUGUCGAUACAUUUGAACAGAUUUCCAUGAGAUUCGAACAGCUGACUGUGGACCAUCCUGAGCCUGAUCACACACUCUUCAGCCAGGACGAUGCCACCCCUCCAAUGAACCGUAGCCAUGUGAAUGGAAGAUGGCAAGGUCUCCAGGAGAUGGACGCCAACGAAGAAGAGUAUUUCAAUACGUCUGAUGACGAAGAGGACGAACACGAAGGUGAUGCUGAUCGUGAGAGUAUGAAAGACGUCUCCGAACGGAUGCAGUGGCACCGUAAGCGAAUGAAGUCGGAAAUGAUGAAUGGAGCUGCUUCUCCUAUCAGUAAACCCCUGGUUGACUACCCCGACGACGAGGACGACGAGAAUACGGACACCAAAUCGGCCACACCCCAAACCCCCCCAACUCCAGAGAGCUCGAAAGACGUUUCAUCGCCUGAGAACAGGGCAAUAUCUGACAAGAAGCUGCAGCCGUCACCUGAAAUGAAAGAAACCGAAUUACAACAUCCGCCCGAACGCCUCAUCGAGAAGCGACGGCGGCAAGAGGAUGAUGAAGAAGAUGAAUUGGGCAAGCUGACAGGAGGGCCGAAGAGGAGAAAUUCUUCUUCGAGCGCGACUAGUCUCGGGUCUUCUGGUUCGUUAAAGCGCAAGAAGGGCUUUCUAAGGUCAAAGCAAGCCGCGGACCGAUCUGUGCUAUCGAGCAACGACGAUUCUGAGAAUCAUGUAGAAGCACGAAAGACGCGGAAGAUCGCGAUCAGUCUGUCCAAUGCGGCGAACAAAUCGGAUGACCCGUCUACGACGAACACGACGACCUCCUCUGAGCAAAAUCAAGCGGCGAAUACACAGGAAUAG